AUGCAAACAAGGAAAAAAGCCACCAACACGCAACAACCACCGAUGAUCAAUGCUUGGAUUUCCAUCCCAUCAUGGAAAAGACUAUUAGUUUUUUUCGGGAUUUAUCUAUUGGUGUUAGGUGUUUUAAAAACAGUGGAAUACUUCAGUGAAGGGUUACAAAAGAUUGAAGGAAGCUUGGAUUUAAGAUCAUCGGGAUAUUCAUCAGAUCCUCCAGAAAUUGAAGUAUUUGAAUUGAUUGAAAAGAUGGGCUCCGAAGGAAGGACUAGUCAUCUCAUCAUGCAAUUUAUAGAUCAAUUUCUAUUUGUUCCGAUUUAUUGUGUUGUCCAUUGUUAUGUCUGGUUAAAAAUUGGAGAAGGCUUAUUCAGUCCAUUAAUGUACAUUCUCGUCGCUCUUACAGCCUUAGUGGACACGGCAGAAAAUUUAUCCAUCAUUGUCUUGUUAUUGACCUAUCCGUUUUUGAGUGGAGUGGUGAAUGUGAAAGAGUUGGCUGGGUCGACACGUCCACUGUCAACCUUUCCAACGAGUCAAAUGAUAUUGAAAGCUUUAGCAAGAGGACUGCAUUAUUUCACACCUUAUAAAUUCAUGCUCAUUGGACUCUUUUUCCUAACCAUGUUGGUGAUGACCAUUUUGUCUCACAUUAUGGUUCAAGCAAGUGAAGAAGAAGAGGAAAAACAGUCUGCUGGUGACAACAAGGCGAGCUCCACAACAGCAACCACAAUUUCAACGUUGAAAAUAUCAUCCAAUACGACAACAUCUUCGUUACCAACAGAUCCAAAGAAAAACAAGAAGAAAACACAAUAG